AGACUACCGUUUUCUGAACUAUGGAAGUAAUAAAAGAAAAUGGAUUUACUUGCAAACACUGCAAUGUAUGUAUCGUUUCAUUAGACGCAGCAUCCGUACAUGAAUGUUUAAGAGGAAAAGAUAUAUAUAUGGACAGCAAUAACGCUUUAUUUAUCAACGACAUUUUAGAUGUUAAUGAUGAAUUAUAUAGUAACUGCCAGAAAACAGUGCCAGAAACCAUCGCAGGCAGUACAGAUAGUGAACACUCUGCUAAACAAAGCGCUAUUUGGACUGAUGAGGCAACAAUGGCUCUUCUCAGCCUUUAUGAAGCCAAUAAGCAUAUGUUGGAUCAUCCUAAAAAAAAAUCCAAAAUUUGGAUAGCAAUAUCAGAUGGCCUAAAAAAUUUCGAAAUCCAGAUGUCCAGUGAUCAGGUUAGAUGGAAAAUGAAUAUAUUACAAAAAAAAUACAAAGAUUGUUGUGAUAAGUCAAGCAGAGAUAGAAUUGAAUUUAAAUGGUACAGUCAAUUGGAUGAAAUAUUUGGCAAAAAUAAAGAUGCUGUUGCCGCCCACACUGUAUCGAGUAAAAUAAUAGGAACUAAAGUCGACAAACCUGCAUUAUCCGAUCAAAGACAUAUUAUAAGUUGUGGAACUUCCAAAUCAUUAUCACCAGAUAUGGUUAUAAGUGAUCUUACAAGUCCCAUCGCGUCUGCUGCUACAAUUUCAAUUGCCUCGCCAUUGAAUAAUAAAAAUACAGAAGCAAAAAUUCGUCCCCGCCAUGGAACAGGAUCAAACUUAGCAAAUAAAAAAAUGAACAUUGAACAACAGUGGCUAAAAUUUCUAUAAACUAAAGAAAUAAGAGAUACUGAACGUCAUAAAAGGCAUAUAACAGCUGAGAACAGAGCAAUUGAAAGCUUUACGUUAAAGAAACAAAUGGUAUCUUUAAAAAGAAAACAGAUG